AUGAUGAAUCACACUCUAAUAAAAGGAGUAAACUAGUAACAAUGGGGAAGAAGAAGAACCAAUCACUAAAAUUUGUAGUAUUGUUCACAACAAUAUUAUUUUUAUUUAAUUCUUCAAAAACAUUGGCACAUAGUAAUGAUUUACAUCAUGGUGUCCAACCAUUAUCAAAGAUUGACAUUUUGAGCACAACUUUAGCUCUUCACAACAAGGCCUCCAUUCAAGUUUCUCCUACGUUGCUGGGUUUGAAGAUUGAGGAUACUGAAUGGGUUACCGUGGAGCUCCGAUCUCCCCGACCAUAUUCAGAUGACUGGAUUGGAAUAUUUUCGCCGGCAAAGUUCAAUGCAUCCACAAACUGUGAAGAAGUUGGUAACUCAAGAGUCCUAAAGCCUUUUAUUUGCACUGCACCCAUUAAGUACCAAUAUGCAAAUUACUCGAAUCCAGACUACCAGAAAACUGGGAAAUCCACUCUGAAGUUUCAAAUGAUCAAUCAACGAUCUGAUUUCUCCUUUGCAUUGUUUUCUGGUGGAUUAUCUACUCCAAAGUUAAUUGCAGUUUCUAACACCAUAUCAUUUGCAAAUCCUAAAGCACCUGUCUAUCCUCGCCUUGCUCUAGCAGAUACUUGGGAUGUGAUGACAGUAACAUGGACGAGUGGGUAUGAUAUAGAUGAAGCAGUUCCUUUCGUAGAGUGGGGUCUUCCUGGUGCUGAUACCAUGCGAUCACCUGCAGGAACUCUGACAUUUACUCGCAACCAAAUGUGUGCUGCACCUGCACGAACAGUUGGUUGGCGUGAUCCUGGAUUCAUACACACUAGCUUCCUCAAAGAUUUGUGGCGCAAUACCAAAUAUUCGUAUAGAAUGGGUCAUCUCUUGUCUAAUGGGUCGUACAUUUGGAGCAAGAAGUAUCAGUUUAAGUCACCACCAUAUCCGGGACAAAGCUCCUUACAACGUGUUAUUAUUUUCGGUGACAUGGGAAAGGCUGAACGAGAUGGAUCAAAUGAGUAUGCUGAUUACCAACCAGGAUCACUAAACACCACAGACCAACUUGUUAACGAUAUUGACAACAUUGAUGCCGUGUUCUUGAUAGGGGAUAUGCCGUAUGCCAAUGGAUACAUCUCACAGUGGGACCAAUACACUGCACAAGUUGAGCCAAUAGCAUCAGUUGUGCCCUUUAUGGUUGCAAGCGGUAACCAUGAGCGCGAUUCACCAAAUUCUGGAUCCUUUUACCAAACUGAUGACUCGGGAGGUGAAUGUGGUGUCCCUGCAGAAACAGAGUUUUAUGUUCCUGCUAAAAAUAGGGCUAAGUUUUGGUACUCAGCAGAUUACGGAAUGUUUCACUUUUGUAUAGCAGACACAGAACAUGAUUGGAGAGCAGGCACUGAACAAUUCAAAUUCCUCGAAGAAUGCCUUGCAUCAGCAAAUAGACACAAGCAACCUUGGCUAAUCUUCGCGGGUCAUAGACCCCUUGGGUACUCCUCUAAUGCAUGGUAUGGCAUGGAAGGAUCUUUCGAAGAGCCAAUGGGUAGGGAUGACCUUCAAAAACUAUGGCAGAAGUACAAAGUUGAUAUGGCAUUUUGGGGUCAUGUCCAUAGCUAUGAAAGGACAUGCCCUAUUUACCAGAAUCAAUGUGUGAAUGACGAGAAAUCUCACUACUCAGGAGUUGUGAACGGAACAAUCCAUGUAGUCGCAGGAGGCGGAGGAAGUCAUUUGUCAAAGUUUAGUCCAUUAAAAACAGUGUGGAGUUUAUACCAAGACUAUGAUUUCGGGUUUGUGAAGCUCACAGCAUUUAACCACUCGUCUUUGUUGUUCGAGUACAAGAAGAGUAAUGAUGGAAAAGUUUAUGAUUCUUUUACUAUCUCUAGAGAUUAUAGGGAUGUAUUGGCUUGUGUUCAUGACGGUUGUGAACCCUACACUUCAGCAACCUAAGAUAAUGUAUUUUUCAAAAUGGGGAAAUUAAGAACAAGAUAUUAGUCACUUAUUUAAUCAAA